UGAGACCCAAGCGGAGCCCGAGGGACACGCGGGCCAGAGAGACGGCGGCCGGAUGGAGGCGAGAGCCUCUCUGAGGAGUUUAUGGGGAAGAGUCAAGGCUAUGGCAGUCCGACGGAGAAGAGCCGCGAGGGGUGUUUAGAGGUCGGAACCGGGAUGGUCCUUACAGAGGACGCCAUGAAGGACGAGGGCCCUGUGGCGGAGGGGGUCCUGUGGCGGAGGACACGAGGAUUCGGAGCGCCGGAACUCCCACAACCCUCACGGGCCUGUGACAGAAGCCGUCGGCGGGCGUCGGAGGAGCGCCCGGAGCUCGGCCCGCUGGUCAAGAGGCCGCAGGCCCAGCCGCUGAUUGGCUGCGGCCCCGGGCGGAAGUGAUGUCGCUGUCAGUGGCGCCUCCAGCUCCCGGGAAGCGGAGAGUUUCCGCAGGGUGGGGGCUGCGGCGGCAGCAGCAGCAGCGACAGUAGCAACGGAGGCUGUGGGUCUGCAGCUGUGUUCCCAGUCGACACUGCUCACAGUGAAGGUGACAUCUCCCUCCAUUUUCACAAGAUGAGUGUGGUAUGGUUACCCAGGCCAGGACCUAAACUUCACAGAGAGCCCAGCCUGCUGUUCUGAUGCCGAAAGGGAGGCAGAAAGUCCCACACUUGGAUGCCCACCUGGGCCUGCCCAUCUGCCUCUGGCUGGAAUUAGCCAUCUUCUUUCUGGUCCCCCAGGUCAUGGGCCUAUCAGAGGCAGGUGGGCUUGACAUCUUGGGCACAGGGGGACUAAGCUGGGCCGUACAUCUGGACAGCCUAGAAGGUGAGAGGAAGGAAGAAAGUCUGACGCAACAGGCAAAUGCUGUGGCCCAGGCAGCAGGGCUUGUGAAUGCUGGGCGCAUUGGAGAACUCCAGGGGCACUACCUCUUUGUCCAGCCUGCUGGGCAUAGGCAAGCCAUGGAGGUGGAGGCCAUGCGGCAUCAGGCAGAGGCUGUGUUAGCCAGGCAUGAAGCUGUGCGCUGGCACUCGGAGCAAACGCUGCUGAAGAGGGCCAAGCGCAGUAUCCACUUCAAUGAUCCCAAGUACCCUCAACAGUGGCACCUGAAUAAUCGGCGGAGCCCAGGAAGAGACAUCAAUGUGACAGGUGUGUGGGAGCGAAAUGUAACUGGGCGAGGGGUAACAGUGGUGGUGGUGGAUGACGGAGUGGAACACACCGUCCAGGACAUCGCACCCAACUACUGUCCAGAGGGAAGCUAUGACCUCAACUCUAAUGACCCAGAUCCCAUGCCCCACCCUGAUGAGGAGAAUGGUAACCACCAUGGGACCCGGUGUGCAGGAGAAAUUGCAGCUGUGCCCAACAACAGCUUCUGUGCAGUGGGUGUGGCCUACGGGAGCCGAAUAGCAGGUAUCCGGGUGCUGGAUGGACCACUCACUGACAGUAUGGAGGCUGUGGCGUUCAACAAGCACUAUCAAAUCAAUGACAUCUACAGCUGCAGCUGGGGCCCAGAUGAUGAUGGGAAGACAGUGGAUGGUCCUCAUCAGCUCGGAAAGGCUGCCUUACAACAUGGAGUGAUGGCUGGUCGCCAAGGCUUUGGAAGUAUCUUUGUGGUUGCCAGUGGUAAUGGGGGCCAGCACAAUGACAACUGCAACUAUGAUGGCUAUGCCAACUCCAUCUACACUGUCACCAUAGGAGCUGUGGAUGAGGAGGGACGGAUGCCUUUUUAUGCAGAGGAGUGUGCCUCCAUGCUGGCGGUCACCUUCAGUGGUGGAGACAAGAUGCUGCGGAGCAUUGUGACCACUGACUGGGACCUUCAGAAGGGCACUGGCUGCACUGAAGGCCACACAGGAACCUCAGCUGCAGCUCCUCUAGCAGCUGGCAUGAUAGCCCUCAUGCUGCAGGUGCGGCCCUGCCUCACAUGGCGGGAUGUACAGCACAUAAUUGUCUUCACAGCCACCCAGUAUGAAGAUCAUCAUGCAGACUGGCUCACCAAUGAGGCUGGCUUCAGCCACAGCCAUCAGCAUGGUUUCGGCCUGCUCAACGCUUGGAGACUUGUCAAUGCAGCCAAGAUCUGGACAUCGGUCCCUUACUUAGCCUCCUAUGUCAGCCCCAUGCUGAAAGAAAAUAAGGCUGUUCCUCGGUCCCCCCACUCUCUGGAGGUGCUAUGGAAUGUCAGCAGGACGGACCUGGAGAUGUCGGGGCUGAAGACCUUGGAACAUGUGGCAGUGACAGUCUCCAUCACUCACCCACGACGUGGCAGCUUAGAACUGAAACUGUUUUGUCCCAGUGGCAUGAUGUCUUUGAUCGGCGCGCCCCGCAGCAUGGACUCGGAUCCUAAUGGCUUCAAUGACUGGACCUUUUCUACUGUGCGGUGCUGGGGGGAAAGAGCAAGAGGCGUCUACAGACUGGUUAUCAGGGAUGUAGGAGAUGAGCCGCUCCAGAUGGGCAUCCUCCAGCAGUGGCAGCUAACCCUGUAUGGCUCCAUGUGGAGUCCAGUAGACAUCAAGGACAGACAAAGUCUCUUAGAAAGUGCUAUGAGUGGAAAAUACCUGCAUGAUGGCUUCACCCUGCCUUGCCCACCUGGGCUGAAAAUCCCUGAGGAGGAUGGCUACACCAUUACCCCUAACACACUCAAGACCCUUGUGCUGGUAGGCUGCUUCAGUGUCUUCUGGACUAUUUACUACAUGCUAGAAGUGUGCCUGAGCCAGAGGAACAAGGCUUCCACCCAUGGCUGCAGGAAGGGAUGCUGCCUCUGGGCCCCACGAAGGCAAAACUCCAAGGAUGCAGGGACAGCACUAGAAUCAAUGCCACUGUGCAGCAGCAAGGACCUGGAUGGAGUGGAUUCAGAGCAUGGGGACUGCACAACUGCAUCUAGCUUCCUGGCCCCAGAGCUGGAUUGUCCUCCACACCAACCCCCAGACCUGCUGCAGGGGAAGAGCGGGCAGAUCUGCUGACCCCAGAGCCCAGCUUCCCCCAUGUACAACAGGCUCUUCCUAAACUCGGUUAUGAGGCUUUCAAUCAUGGAGGCUCAGGAGGGAAUGGUCCUGAUAGUGAUAUCUGGGACCCCAGGCCUCUGAAGCAUUCACAGCCUCCUCAGGAGUGUGAGGGCCAUCUUAAUUAAUGCAGUGGUAAGGGACUGGUGAUCAUGGCUCCUCUAGCUGAACUUGGCUGAGAACCUUUGACAAGGGAUUGGCACCAAGACUAGGCAGCCCUUGAUUUCCUCUCUCUGGAGCUAGUCAGUGUCCUAGACCCAUCAGGACCUCCACUCAUUCAUGAGUUAGUUAUGCAGCAGGUCCCUAUAUACCUAAAAAUGCUCUCAAUAGAAGUGUCACUGCCAAGGGACCAGAGAGAGGCUGCUACGAGCCUGGACAUGCCUACCCUGAAAGCAGCAGCCUUCAUUACCCUUUUCUGUGCGCCUGUUCUGAAGCCAACUUAAACCUGUCCACAUUUUCACUACCAUUCGCCCUUUCUGCUGAAAGAAUGGUGAUGUGUUCCCAGGAGAACUGGGAGGCACAGGAUUCCCAGCACCCUUGCUGCCUCAUUGGAGAAGUUGGCCAGCUGGACUUCAGAGAGCUAAGACACAGCAUUUUCAAAGAGAGCCUGGGAGCACUGCCUCUGACCACCUGUCUUCCUCUGCACCGUGCUCAGGGAAAUGGCCUUCACUCCAGAGGCCAGCUGUCUGCCUGACUUUUCCUCCGUUCUUGGCCUUCUCCCCUCCCAUCUUCUGAGCUAAUUGUUAAUAUGAAUUUUUUAAUGCUUAAGAUUUGAUUUUUACUUUUCAAAGCAACAUUUUGUUGAAUUUUUUUCUGCACAGCUUUCCAAAAUAAAAAGCAGAAGUAUAAAAAUCCAAA